AGGCAAUGACUCUGCCGCAUCCGAAUCGCCUGGCCGGAGGUGCCGGCUCCGGAGACAUCACCUUGCUCUGAAGUUGCCCACCUGGAGGAGGUAAAUCGGAGCGGGGCUUUCGUCCAGAGGGGUCGGCGACGGCGGGGAAGAGGAGGGAGCAAUCGCCUCCCCCAUCCCCACACACCCUCGUCCUCCGGGAGGAAGCUUGUGUAGCUGAAGAACACGGCAGAAGAGGAAAGACUUUUACUUCUUUCUAUUUUUUCCUUUUUCUUUUUUUUUUUUUUUUUUUUUUUUUUUUUUUUUUCUUCAAAUUUUUCCUUGCUUGAGGAACGUUUCGUGCUUCUUGUCCGCCCCCCUUUUCCUCCUGGCUGGGGGCUUUGGUACUGUGGCCAGGUCUGUUUGCUACUCCCACCCCUGGUUUUAAUGGCUGGAUUGUGGCAGCAGCUGCCUGCUGCAGGUUGUUGAGGAUCUGAUGGGGACUCGCAUCUCAGGAGCCGGAGGUGACUAAAGAAAUGUUGAAUACAGUACUCUACAAAAAAUAGCGUGUGGAUUUCUUGCACCUGAAGAACAAGAAAAGGUCUCAGACUCUGGAUACUGGCUGUGGGAUAUUUUUUAUUGUUAUUACUAUUUUUGAUUGGGUUUUUUUCCUCCCUUUUUGGAUGUGAAUUGAAGGCCAACAACAGCUGAAGUGUUGGAAGGAAGUGCAGGAGGACUCUCACCUUUUUAUUUGAAACCUUGUUUGCUGGGAUACUUUCAAGCUCUCCUUCACAGUCAUGUGGUCAUCACAGCUGCUGUUCUUCACAAUGCUCUUAACACCGUUUGCCCAUGCCUGGAUUUCUUUUAAAACAGCUUUCAGCCGUGCCCCAGUGCCCAUGGCUGUGGUCCGAAGGGAGCUGUCCUGCGAGAGUUACCCCAUCGAGCUGCGCUGCCCGGGAACAGAUGUUAUCAUGAUCGAAAGCGCCAACUACGGCAGGACUGAUGAUAAAAUCUGUGACUCUGAUCCUGCUCAGAUGGAGAAUAUCCGCUGUUAUCUGCCAGAUGCCUAUAAGAUUAUGACUCAAAGAUGCAGUAAUCGGACCCAGUGUGCGGUUGUUGCCGGCCCUGAUGUGUUUCCAGACCCGUGCCCCGGCACGUACAAGUACCUGGAAGUGCAGUACGAGUGUGUCCCUUACAAAGUGGAACAAAAAGUUUUUCUUUGCCCUGGACUGCUAAAAGGAGUUUACCAGAGCGAACACUUAUUCGAGUCUGACCACCAGUCGGGCGCCUGGUGCAAGGACCCUCUGCAGGCCUCUGACAAGAUCUACUACAUGCCCUGGACGCCGUACCGGACAGACACGCUGACAGAAUACUCCUCCAAGGACGACUUCAUCGCCGGGAGGCCCACCACGACCUACAAACUCCCGCACCGGGUGGACGGCACGGGGUUCGUGGUGUACGACGGGGCCUUGUUCUUCAACAAGGAGCGGACCAGGAACAUCGUCAAGUUUGACUUGCGGACGAGGAUAAAGAGCGGGGAGGCGAUCAUAGCUAACGCCAACUACCACGACACCUCGCCCUACCGCUGGGGAGGCAAGUCCGACAUAGACCUGGCCGUGGACGAGAACGGGCUCUGGGUAAUCUAUGCAACAGAACAGAACAAUGGCAAAAUAGUCAUUAGCCAGUUGAACCCUUACACGCUAAGGAUCGAAGGGACGUGGGAUACUGCCUACGACAAGAGGUCAGCUUCCAAUGCCUUCAUGAUCUGUGGGAUUUUAUACGUGGUGAAGUCCGUGUACGAAGAUGACGACAACGAAGCCACAGGGAAUAAAAUAGACUACAUAUAUAACACUGACCAAAGCAAGGAUAGCAUGGUGGAUGUGCCCUUUCCAAACUCCUACCAGUACAUUGCUGCUGUGGAUUAUAACCCCCGGGACAACCUCCUGUAUGUAUGGAACAAUUAUCAUGUUGUAAAAUACUCUUUGGAUUUUGGCCCGCUGGACAGCAGAGCAGGGCAGGCUCACCAUGGGCAGGUUUCCUACAUUGCCCCACCGAUCCACCUGGAUUCGGAUCUGGAGAGACCGCCAUCCAAGGGAGUAUCGACGUCGGGCGCUCUGGGCCCGGGGAGCACCACUGCCAGCACCACGCCGCGCCUGGCCACCAGCACCACCGGCCGCACCACCACCACAUCGGGCUCGGGCAGGAGGAACAGGAGCACCAGCACCCCGUCCCCCAUGGCCGAUGUCCCCGAGGAGAUGACCACACACCUGCCGCCCGCCUCCUCCCAGCUGCCGCCGGCCGGAGCCGAGAGCUGCGACCCCAUGGAAGCCCGUGACAUCAUGUGGUCCCGGACCCGGCAGGGCCAGGUGGCCAAGCAGCCGUGUCCCUUGGGCUCCAUAGGUGUUGCAACUUUCCGGUGUCUUGCACCUGAUGGCAUCUGGGAACCCCAAGGACCUGAUCUUAGCAACUGCUCUUCACCCUGGAUCAACCACAUCACUCAAAAGAUGAGGUCGGGGGAGAUGGCCGCCAACAUCGCGCGGGAGCUGGCGGAGCACACCAGGAGCCACCUGUACGCCGGUGACAUCGCCUACUCCGUGUCCGCCAUGGUCCAGCUCGUCAACCUGCUGGACGUGCAGCUCCGCAACCUGACUCCCGGCGGGAAGGACAGCGCCGCGCGCAGCUUGAACAAGCUUCAGAAAAGGGAGCGCUCUUGCAGGGCCUAUGUCCAGGCCAUGGUGGAGACGGUGAACAACCUCCUGCAACCUCAGGCUCUGAACGCGUGGAGGGACCUGAACGCGAGCGAGCAGCAGCGCGCGGCCACCAAGUUGCUGGACACGGUGGAGGACAGUGCCUUCGUGCUGGCUGACAACCUGCUGAAGACAGACAUCGUCCGGGAGAACACUGACAACAUCCAGCUGGAAGUUGCGAGACUAAGCACAGAUGGGAAUCUGGAAGAUCUGAAGUUUCCCCAGAACAUGGGCCAUGGGAGCGCCAUUCAGCUGUCAGCAAAUACCUUGAAGCAGAAUGGUCGAAAUGGUGAGAUCAGGGUGGCUUUUGUGCUGUACAACAAUCUGGGCACCUAUCUCUCCACGGAGAAUGCCAGCAUGAAGCUGGGAACAGAAGCGAUGUCGACCAAUCACUCUGUCAUUGUCAACUCCCCUGUCAUCACGGCAGCAAUAAAUAAAGAGUUCAGCAAUAAGGUUUACCUGGCUGAUCCUGUGGUGUUUACUGUCAAGCACAUCAAGCAGUCAGAAGAAAAUUUUAACCCAAACUGUUCAUUCUGGAGCUACACGAAGCGUACGAUGACAGGCUAUUGGUCCACCCAGGGCUGCCGCCUCCUGACAACCAACAAGACACACACCACCUGCUCCUGCAACCACCUCACCAACUUUGCAGUCCUGAUGGCACAUGUGGAAGUUAAGCACACUGAUGCAGUCCACGACCUGCUCCUGGACUUCAUCACGUGGGUUGGCAUCCUGCUUUCACUGGUCUGCCUCCUGAUCUGCAUCUUCACCUUCUGCUUCUUCCGUGGGCUGCAGAGUGACCGCAACACGAUUCACAAGAACUUGUGCAUCAGCCUCUUCGUGGCAGAGCUCCUCUUCCUCAUUGGCAUCAACCGGACUGACCAGCCGAUUGCCUGUGCCGUCUUUGCUGCCCUCCUGCACUUCUUCUUCCUGGCAGCUUUCACCUGGAUGUUCCUGGAGGGGGUGCAGCUCUACAUCAUGCUGGUGGAGGUUUUUGAGAGUGAGCACUCCCGGAGGAAGUAUUUCUAUCUGGUGGGGUACGGCAUGCCUGCGCUGAUUGUGGCCGUGUCGGCAGCGGUGGACUACCGGAGCUACGGCACGGACAAAGUAUGUUGGCUCCGACUUGACACCUACUUCAUUUGGAGCUUUAUAGGACCGGCGACCUUGAUAAUUAUGCUUAAUGUCAUCUUCCUUGGGAUUGCUCUCUAUAAAAUGUUUCAUCAUACUGCCAUACUGAAACCCGAAUCUGGAUGUCUUGACAAUAUCAACUAUGAGGAUAACAGACCCUUCAUCAAGUCCUGGGUUAUAGGUGCCAUAGCCCUACUCUGCCUAUUAGGACUGACCUGGGCAUUCGGACUCAUGUAUAUUAAUGAAAGCACAGUCAUCAUGGCGUAUCUCUUCACCAUAUUCAAUUCUCUGCAGGGAAUGUUUAUAUUCAUUUUCCAUUGUGUCCUCCAGAAAAAGGUACGUAAGGAGUACGGAAAAUGCCUGCGCACACAUUGCUGUAGUGGGAAAAGUACAGAGAGUUCUAUCGGCUCAGGAAAAACCUCGGGGUCAAGGACACCUGGAAGAUAUUCCACAGGCUCACAGAGCCGGAUUCGUAGGAUGUGGAAUGACACGGUUCGAAAGCAGUCCGAAUCUUCCUUUAUCACUGGAGAUAUAAACAGUUCAGCUUCACUCAACAGAGGAGCCAUGGCUAAUCAUCUUAUAACCAAUGCUCUGCUUCGUCCUCAUGGCACUAACAACCCUUAUAAUACAUUGCUCGGGGAAUCGGCGGUCUAUAACAACCCUUCUGUCAGCAUGUACAACGCACAAGAGGGCGGAAGGACACCCAAGCAGGAGCCGGUCUUCAGGCGAGUCACCAUGGAGGACAGUGUCAUCUAGCGCCGGCCAGCCCGUGCCAGUGCACCACCUCAGCUCCUCUGUGCCUCAGCUCACCCGUCCCUCUCUUGGGAUCGCACAACAGGAGAGGCUGGAGGAACUGGCCUCGCCCAAACCCUCAGCAAACCCUUGCAUCCCCAAGGAGAGAACGGCCCGGCAGAGAUCCCCUCUGCCCUGUGCAUGGCAGCCCCCUGGGAAGCGCCCUUGCCGUGUGCUCGCUCGUCUCUUUUUUGAAGAUGAGCAGAACAGGUGAAAAUUGUCUUCUGUAAUAAGAAAUUAGUUUCACCUGCUCCAAACAUUGACUUUGCAACUCAGUAACACUUAAAAGAUGGCUGAGUGUGUCUAAUCCACCAUCCCGAGCCUCUCUCCAUGCUCUCAAGCUGGGCUGUAUAAAGGGGAACCUGCCAGAUCCAGGUUGCUGCUGUAAAUACAGACCUGUCAGUGCGAAGAGCCAACAUGGGAAGGACCAGAGGGACAGAGAAGUAGUCCUUACACCAGAAGAAGCUGAACAUGCCAGCAGAGUACGGUCAAGCGAAGCUGUUGCUUGUAAACAGGGACCAGCGCAUGUGUCCAGCAGCAGCUCCACUUGGCCAAAGCUUCUUGGGUGAAAGCUGCUCUGAUUUUAUUGUCUUGUGUAAAUAGAAAUAUUUUUUUGAGAAAAAAAAUGAGCCUUAGUAUCUUGAAGAUAGCGUUUCUCAAUCAGCCCAGCUGGGGAUGGAUACAUGGGAGCCCACGGGGUCUGCCUGCUGGAGGCCAAGCUGUGCCGUCGCCGCAGGUGCAGCAGGCACCUGAAGGAGGAUGGAACUGUCCAGCAGAGGACUCGGCAGACAUUUCUCCCUAGACCCUGGAAACAGGGUGAACUCACUGGUCCCAUGGUCUCCGCUGGUGUAAAUACUCAGCUACAGCCCACAGAGGACUUGGACUGCUCAGUGCAGUUGUGGGACAGGGGAGGGUGGAAUGGGCAGAAAUCAUCAGAGGGAUGCAAACCCCAUCAGCGUGGUGAUCCCCAGGCUUUUAGCAUUAGUGAAAAAAAAAAGAAAAGGAAAAAAACAAACCCUGAAGGCUUAUUAAUGGUGUUGGGCCAACUGUUUGGCUGGGUAAAUGGAGGCAUGCCUAGGCAUGUUCUGUGUUCAUGUCAGCCAGUGCCUGUCUGUGCAGUUCUCUGUCUGUGCAAACGCGUGUGUGGUUCGGGGGCUGCUGCAGGUCCUGUGUCCGUGUAGCUGUGUCCGUGAGAGAGGAGAGAAAAUGGAUGUGUGUGUUGUACUGCCCUUUAUGUGCCCAAACACAUCCAAGGAGUCAUCAGUGACGCUGCUAGGUCCAGCUUUAGUAGCACGAGUGCGGAGUAGUGUCCACACCUCUGCAGGGAAUGAGGCUGGGCAGGCAGGGGGAUGGUGUUAGCUGAGUGAGAGCUGAUAAAUCUGUGCUCUGCAUUGAGUUGUCAUCCUCUCUGCCACCCUGCCGUGGCACAGCAGUGCUCAUCUGCAAACACCACCAGCACAACAGGGCUGCACUCCAGCACGGGCACUGGCAGGAUAGCACCUCCUGGAAUUUGGACGGGAGCUUUGGGGUUUCCCUUUCAUCCUUCAUCACCCAAAGCUUACUUAUGCCUUAUUUACUCUGAGUCCAACUGUUCGGAUUCACGCAGUGCAGGGAAAUUAGGAAAAGAGAAUGAAAUUAGAAAUUGAAAGUAGAAAAAAAAAGCCCAUACAUGAGUAGAAAACAAGUAUUUUUGAAAUUUAUCCCCAAUAACUUUCUCUGGACACGGAAGUCUCUUUUCAGCUUGGCAUUUUGCAGGAAUGCAGUGCCAAGGUCAAGUGUCUUCCCCAUGAAGAAGCCAGAUAGCAGAAACAACUUGCACUAUUUAGCACAGCAUCGGGGCCAAAGCCCCUUUACCCUUGCAAGGAAUGGGCAGUGGGCAGGCAAUCAACAGAAAUUGGAAGCUGCCUCAGAUUCCUGAGGGGUGUGGGCAUCUAGGGUGGUAAUUUGUUUGCAGUGGUCCAAGGUGAGCUGCAGGGAUAAUCUUUUCCACUUGAAUACUUGAAUACCUCCUGUCAUCCAGCUGUGUGUGUUCCCAUUAACACCUAACAACUGCCAGUGCCAAGUGAUUUAUAUAUUUAUCAGGCCAUUUAUUUAUGUAUUAAACCAGUGCAUGGGAGGCACUGUGCUUUCAUCUGCCACAUGUGGACACCUCUUCCUUUGCCCACUUCUCCAGCCUUGUGUAAUGCCCCCAGGCAAGGUGAGUGUCAUCUUGGAGAGGCUGUGGUUUCCUCCCCAGUGAUGGCUGGUAGCCUUUUUUCCAGGGAGAAAAACAGUGAAAGACGAGCAACACACCCUGACUUUGUCCUGGAAAUGUGCUGAAAGUCAGCCAGUGUAUUAAGCAAAAUAAAUAACUCCAAAAUGUUUGAAAGUUCAUGAUCUUUCACAGACAUGAGGAGACCAUUCUUGUGGUUUCUAGGGCCCCAAUGGGCAAUGCUAAAUCCUGAACCCAAGGCUUCUUAACUCUGGGGAGAUUCGAGGUACAGCAUGGGGAAAAUAUAGGGGCAGUAAUUACAGGAAGGAAGAUACUCCCUGGUUUUACUAGAUUGCAGAAAAGCAGAACUCCCCUGGGUUAGGUUGAGUCGUGGGGGUUUUUUUUUCAUUGCAGCACUCACUGUUAGUUCCUCUCCCCAGACAAUCCCAUCAUCCCAUACCUUAAGCCCUUGCCUUUAUGUCCAGAAGAGUUAUUCUUGGAGGCGUUUACAACAACCUUCAAUGUUUCUCUCUCUCUCCAGCCCUAAAGAGGCUGACACCCCACAACUGACAGUUGUAAAGAUGAGCCAGACCAACCCCAAGUCCUAAUAAAAAUGAUGAAUCCCAUCCACUGCAUCCAUAUCGAUGGCACACAGGUCACACGUGGAGAUGAGCAGUGAGGAGGGGGAGGCAGAUAAUCACUGAAAAUUGUGUGUGGGAGGUGCUGUUACCAAACCCACCCGUCAGAGUUUUGAUUUAAUCCAGCCCUGAGUCAAUACCGAUUGACAUUUCACUUGCUUUCCAUAUCAUAACUGGACUUCCUUACUCCUCAGGCAUGGAAUGAAUCUUAAUACAUUGUAAUUACUGUACUCCUGGUGGUGAACCGGUAUGAAAAGCUAUCACAAAAAGCAUUAAUAAAAUGUACAUUAUGAAAAAGAA